ACUUGUCUUUCUCGAGGCUCUUCACCAUGUUCGAUCACCUCCAACGUCUCCCAGUCCUCUUCUUCUUCCUCCUCCUUUCACUCUCAUUCUCCGAAUCCCUCCAUGAAAACAAAGAAUCAGACACACCCAUUUCCCGUUUCCAACAAUAUCUCAGAAUCAACACUGCCCAUCCUAACCCAAACUACACUACCGCCAUUAACUACCUCACUAACUUCGCCAACUCCAUCCCAAAUCUUCACUCCAAAGUAAUUCACCUCACCCCUACUUCACCCCUCCUCCUAUUAACCUGGCCAGGUUCAAAUCCUUCACUUCCCUCCAUUCUUUUCAACUCUCAUCUUGAUUCUGUCCCUGCUGAACCAGAUAAAUGGAUCCACCCGCCGUUCUCCGCUCACAAGACUUCCGAUGGAAGAAUAUUUGCACGGGGAGCCCAGGAUGAUAAGUGUAUUGGUAUGCAGUAUUUGGAGGCAAUCAAAGCGAUUCAAACUAGCGAUUCAAAAUUUGUGCCACUGAGAAAUGUUCAUAUUCUGUAUGUUCCUGAAGAGGAGGUUGGUGGGUUUGAUGGGAUGGGGAAGUUUGUGCAGUUGAAAGAAUUUGAAGAGUUGAAUCUUGGGUUUAUGAUGGAUGAGGGACAGGCUUCGCCUAAUGAUGAGUUUAGGGUUUUUUAUGCUGAUAGGACACCUUGGCAUACGGUGAUUAAGGCUGUUGGAACGCCUGGACAUGGGUCUAAAUUGUAUGAUAAUACUGCUAUGGAGAACUUGAUGAAGAGUAUGGAGGUUAUUACUAAGUUUAGGGAGUCUAUGUUUGAUAUGGUCAAGGCUGGACUGGCUGCUAAUUCUGAGGUCAUCUCAGUGAACCCGGUGUUUCUCAAUGCUGGAACUCCUUCCCCAACUGGGUUUAUGAUGAACAUGCAACCCUCUGAGGCUGAGGCGGGAUUUGAUAUUAGGAUGCCGCCAACAGCUGACCCCGAACUUAUGAGGAAGAUAAUCGAAGAGCAAUGGGCACCAGCUUGGAGGAACAUGACAUAUAAGAUAACCAAGAAAGGAUUCCUAAGGGACAUCAUAGGACGUCCUCUCAUGACACUUGCUUCCGAUUCCAACCCUUGGUGGUCUGUGUUCAAUGAAGCUGUUACUAGAGCUGGUGGAAAACUCUCCAAGCCUGAAAUAUUAGCUUCGACUACUGAUGCUCGAUUCAUGAGACGGCUGGGAAUUCCUACCUUUGGUUUCUCCCCAAUGAAGAAUACCCCCAUCUUACUUCAUGACCACAAUGAGAACCUCAAGGAUACUGUUUAUUUGGAGGGGAUUAAGGUGUAUGAAUGCAUUAUAAAGUCAUUAAGUUCCUUUGAGGGAUCUUAUGAACACUGAUGCAAUGGGUUUCUCAACAAUGAAGCAUCUGAAAACUUGGUAUGAUAUUCAUCUCUUUUGAGUUUUCCUUAAUUUCAGGGUAUGCAAGUUUUAAAUCUGCACAUGCUAUAAACAUUAGUCCAGGUCCUUUAGGCACAAAUCUAAAUUUGUUAAAUUCUACUGUUACCUUUGUAAAACAAAAUAAAAAUUGUUAACUUCUCAUUGAGUAUCUUUUUAAUUGUCUAAGUGGAAUUUAAUGUUUGUCUCUUUACAAAACCUGUGGCAUCAUUAAAAAAAGUACUGGAGGAUUUCUCCCUCUAUCAGCUGGCUGGUGUUCUCCUUUCAUGCUAAGAUUACUUGGGUUAACUUGCAGUUUCAUGCAUCGCUUGGUUGAUUGAUUGUGUCUCAUGACUAGAAUCUCAGCUGCCCUGCCCAACACGAAAACAGAAACAAAUUGUUUAUCAGAUGACCUUUCCUGCCAAUACCAGUUGAUUGAGUCCGAAAAAGAAUAUUCAAAUUAGUGUAAGCAUCAUGUAAUGCAAACAGAUGAUGUUACAAAUGGAGUGAACUAUUUUUGUUUCCUUCGAUCUAUUGUAAUUUAGCUGAUUCAAAAAGUUUGUCU